AUGAGCAGUCAUAUGGAAUGCUCCACGAGCCUCUUAGCAAGCUAUCUCCAUUCCCUCCUCCCUACACAACAGCUUGCAAUACUUUUACUGCACCAUGAAAACUUCAAUGACUUUCCCCUUCAGAUGUUGAAGCAACCCGCCGAAUAUAUCUCACUUCACUCUGGGUUGCUGCCCUCGCCAGCGUCUUACCCAAGCGUACUAUCCUGCGAGCUUAUGGAACUGGUCAUUUGCUCACAGCAGUUGGAUAGAACCACACAAAAUGUGCCAACGGAUCUUACGAAGUCCAUUGCUUCUAGUGGACGCCGAUAUGUUGACGCUGUCUCUCGUUAUGUCACGUCCCAAUAUCGGUUCGUCAUGUCACAGCAUGGUUUGGAAACUCUUAUGCUUGAGGGUCUCUACCAGGUCAACUCCGGUGACCUGCAAGGUUGCUGGCUGAUAUUUCGACGCGCAUUGGAAGUUGCGCAGCUAAUAGGUCUGGAUCAUGAAGACCAGUUUGGCAAGGACACCUCGGACUUUUCAUGGUUUCGUCUUGUCUAUGGCGAUCGUUAUCUGUCACUUCUGUUAGGUGUCCCGUAUGCUGCGACAAAUAAGCAUUUUGCAAGUCAACGUGCAUUGGCAGCAGAUAUGGCCCGCGGUGAAUGCGAUGAUCAUUAUCUGUAUGAUGAUUAUAAGGAGACGCAAGAUAUUGAUGUUGAGCUUCAAUUAGCGACGAGACAAAUGUUCUCAGAGUGGCGGUAUCCCCGGUGGCUGAAAUCUACAAUGUUAGAAACAGAUAUGAGGGAGUUGAAGGCGUCGCUCACAGCACAAUCGACUCACUCCUACCUGCUCAUACUUCUGCAUGUGCCAUAUAUUUUACGAUCUCUUGAAGUUAAAGCAAGACCAGUGACUCUCUAUGAUUACACUUACAAUAAACUCACUGCUGUAGCGGCGAGCCGGGCAGUGGUCUCGCUCUGCAUUCUCUUGCACGACGUUAACUGCAAAAAAUAUUGCUGCCAUGGACCCAAUAUCAAGGCAUUGAUUGCCUCCAUGACUCUUCUUCUAGCGCAUCUUGAGGGACACGAUUUCAAUGACUCCAAUAUGCUGAAACACCAACGGCUCCACGACGUAGGUAUGGUAAAUGAUAUUACUAAAAUCACGGAACAGCCAUCAUAUUCAAACAAAGACAUGGUGAGCAGUUCUUUUGUGCAAGCAAUAAAAGGGCUCUUAACAAUCGAGGCUCGUGCAGCAAACGGGGCAAGGUAUUCCGUCCAGGUUGAGGGGAAGGCUACUGGAAACGCAUAUUGGGGGGUUUUCUAA